AUAGUUUAAGGUUUAUGUAGCUACAGUAUGUAUGUAAAAGAGGAUUUCAUUUUACUUUUAGACUCUCCCCCAUUUAGGAGACUUCAGUAAAUUGGGUUUAGGUAUCAAGAUGUGCCUGUAAAGACCCUUUCCCCUCUUUCCUCUCAGGUCACUCUACACACCUCCAGAACUGGAUUGAGAUUUCUUGUAAAUGCGUCCGCUUCGUAGAAUCAAAUUUACAUAUUCAUAUAUCGCCAGCCAUAAAGCGUAGUGAUUGGACGCCUGGGCGUUGCGCCGACCAAUCAGCUCUCACGACGUUCUUUAGUCACUUGAGCGGGUGUCUUUUUCAUUAUAAAUAAAGCUGCGUGGAAAGUUGUGAAUGUGAAAUUUAUAUUCCUCAGCAGCCCGCUGUAACGACAUUAGAGUGAAUUAAGAGUGUCAAAGAUGAAUCCGGGUGGCCGCAGACUGAAACAGUGGCUUAUAGAACAGAUAAACAGUAACAUAUAUAAUGGACUGCUAUGGGAGGAUGAGAAACGCACCAUGUUUCGAAUCCCUUGGAAACAUGCAGGAAAACAAGACUACAACCAAGAGGUGGAUGCGUCCAUCUUCAAAGCGUGGGCGAUAUUUAAAGGGAAGUUUAAGGAGGGAGAUAAAGCUGAACCAGCGACAUGGAAGACCAGAUUGCGCUGUGCACUCAACAAGAGCCCAGAUUUUGAGGAAGUUACUGACCGAUCCCAGCUUGACAUCUCUGAGCCUUACAAAGUGUACCGGAUUGUGCCAGAGGAGGAACAGAAGUGUAUGUUUGAGUUGGGUAAAGGCACACUCCCUGCCCUGUCCUGCUGCAGCACUGACCCCACUGACAUGGACUGCUCACCAGACCUGGAUGAACUUAUUAAAGAGUCUUCAAAUGAUGAAUACAUGGGCAUCCUGAAGCGUAGUCAUUCUCCCCUGGAUGAAGGCAGUAACAUGCUUUCAGUGCAGGAAUGGUGGCAGCAAGGAUCUCACAAUGCUGCUGUUCAUCAGGAUCCUGCAGGCACAUUCAAUGCUGCGUUUUCUCAGAUGAUGAUUUGUUUCUACUAUGGAGGUCGGCUGGUGGGCAGCAUGGUUACCACUCAUCCAGAGGGCUGCCGUAUCUCCCCAUGUCAACCCCCUCUGGCUAACGGCUUCUUGUAUGGACCGGACAGCCUCCAGAACAUCCGCUUCCCGUCUGUUGAGCUCAUCGAGCACGAGCGCCAGCGUCACGUCACCCGUAAGCUCUUCAGUCACUUGGAGCGUGGCGUACUGCUGCGUGCCAACCGAGAGGGCAUCUUUAUCAAGCGCCUGUGUCAGAGUAGAGUAUUCUGGAGUGGUCAGGACCCUCAGUGCAACCCCAACCCUGGCAAACUAGAGCGAGAUGCUGUGGUGAAGAUCUUCGACACUGCCAGGUUCCUGCAAGCGCUGCAGUUAUAUCAAGAGGGUCAUUAUCAGCCUCCAGAGCCCACAGUAACGCUCUGCUUUGGGGAAGAGUUUAAUGAUUUCAGCACUGUCAAGAGCAAAUUAAUCAUUGUGCAGAUCACAGCAUUGAACUGUCAGCAACUAGUGGAUACAGUGACCGCCCGGCGAUCCCAGUAUAGCAGUGGGAAUUUGGAGAUUUCAGAUGACAUGGCCAGUGAUCAGAUGGCUCGUAUAUAUCAGGAUCUGUGCAGCUACCCAGUUCCCCAACGAGCUUCCUGUUUCAGGGACAACCUGCCAAUUCCAGUCUGAGGCAGAACUCUGAGCCAGUCUCGUCUCAAAGAAUGCGUCAGUUCACAUGUUCACAACCCAAAAUGAUGCUUUUACAAUGACAUUACAUAAAGAAAAUGAUUGACCUUUAGGUGUGCUAUCUGUGCAUAGCAUCCCGUUCUCUCAGGGCCGAAAGUAGCAUCUGACAGAAGGUUUGCAAUGUUCUCAGGGAUGACGUACUCCUUUGUUAGAGGAAAGUGAUUUUUUUUUUUUUUUUUUACUCUGUAUAUAUUACUGUGUUUAUUAUUGAUUUUGUCCUAAACAUUUGAAAUUUCUGUUACUGUUUUUUACUAUGCACUGUAAAGUUGAUAGGUUUUACUAUCCUUCAUUUUUAUAUUGAUUUUGUUGAUUUUUUUUUUUAUUUUUUUUUAUGCUUAAUGCUAAUAUUUUUUUAGAAAUGUAAUGUUGAAUGCAGAUGUUGAAUGAGUUGAAUGCAGAAUAAAUGUCAAAUGAGAAAUCUAUGAAUAAUUAAAGAAAUUACUUUGAUAAGCCGAUUGUCUAACUGAUCUAUAAAUAGUGUACUGUAGUUUUUUUUUUAUGCCACAAGUAUAAAGGUAUUGCAUAGUCAUGUUAUUUAUAACAUCAGAUGCCAAGAAAAAAAGUUAAAUUUCAUUGCAUUUAAAACAUUACAUGUUUUACAUUACAUUUGCAAAUGUUUAUGUACAAUUGAAAGGUUUUUUUUUUUUUUUUUUUAAAUGUACAAAAUUUGGUUUGCAUGUGCUUGUAUGCAGUUUCUCACACUGCUGUCAUGACAGACUGGAGCUUUGGAUCCUCCAUGAUCUUCCUGUACAAAAAUAACAACAACAACAACAACAACAAAAAUUCAUUAUAUAAUAGGUGUUUUUGAGAGGGCACUUUAAAGCAUGAAAUGGACAGUCAACAGUUGUAGUUGCUAGUGCAGGGCCUGAGACUGUGCACCAUCAUGCGGUGCCAUCCAGAGAGGUCUAUAAUACCUGAAGAAAGCCACUGUUAACAAAAUAACAUUAAGAGAAACUGAAAGAAUGUGGGUCUCCUAUCCUUGUCUUGACAUGUUUCAGUAACCUUAUCUCAGAACUGCCUGUAAUGUUCCUUGAUCUACUUGCUGUAAAUGCUCUAAUAAGUAAUGCAUCUAGACUCAGGUGUAUUAACCCUUUGUUGUCAGAUUUUAUUUGUGAUUCAACAUAUGUUAGUAUGCAUAAGCUUGUUUUGGAGACUCUGAUAUUCAAGUACAUUCACAGCUAGAAAAUAACUGCCCAAAGGCCACAGAGUUAACUUUCUUACCUCAAAAAGAUUUAACAUUGUAUUUUCUGGUGGAGUUUGCUUCACAUAAAUUGUUACACUGUGUCACUUA